AUGAACGACCCUAGAAGCCAGCCAAACUCAUCAGACGACCCAUUCGACUCUCUCCUCUCCCUGGAACAGCAAUACCACACGGAAGGCUACCAGCUCGGCCUCUCCGAUGGAGCACGAGCCGGCCGUCUCGAAGGACGAGUCUUCGGCACGGAGAAAGGCUUUGAGAAGUUCUUAGAAAUGGGCAGAUUAGCCGGUAGAGCGAGUAUCUGGGAUGCUCGUCUGGCGGGCCCGGUUCCGGAAGGUGGCGAGGCCCAAGGCGUGAAAAUCCAUGCCACUGACAGAGUGAAGAAGCAUGUGCGAAGGCUCAAGGACCUCACGGACCCGGAGACGAUCGCGACGGAUAACUCAGAGGAUGCUGUGUCCGAAUUUGACGACCGACUGAAGGAUGCGAAGGCGAAGGUGAAGCUGAUCUCUACCUUACUUGGAGAGGACGAAGAUGGUGUGCGAAAGGGAGGACAAACCGAGAGUAACGCGACGAGCCGAAGCUCCAAGAGCGUCAAAGGCACUGGCGAAAUGGAGGAUUUUGUUGGCCUACCUAAUGCACGGAAAUCCAAGGACGGCUAA